CUUUAUUCAAUCACUCAAAAUGGAUAUCAUACUUCUAAGGGGAUUAAAGUUUCAAUCCAACUUCUGCAUUUGGUUCUGGCAGUGUAAUGUUUUAUUGGUCUUGUUGUGAUUGCUUGCAUAAUGUCUAUGUCAUAUUACAUAUUUCAAUUUAGUUAAAUAUAUGUAAUCUGUUGUUAGAUUAUACAAGUAAUUUAUCUUAUAGGAUACUGGGUACACACAGUAGCUUAUAGCAAUGCUUAGAAAGAACAUUCGAACACAUUAGUGGAAAUUUUGUGCCAUAAAAAAUACUUGGAAAUUUGGUUUCUAGGGCCUUUUGUGGUAGUGCUGAAGUCAACUCAACUUUGGCCUUUAUAAUGAAUCCUUUGAGUUUGUCUUUUCUUCCUUUAUGCGGUGAGUGAAAUAUCUUAUUCACAAGAAAAAAAAAAAGAGUUGGAUAGAGACAAAAAACAAAUUCAAAGACCGGAAUAGAUUGGUCCAUGAAUUGAUUUUCAAUUAGACAAAAGUUGGUAGUUUUGACAACAGCAUAUAUAUCAAGCUACUCCAAGGUUGAAAAUUUGUAGCCAUGGCCUCAAGUUCCAAGUACUGAGCAUAUUUUGUUAAUUUUGAUUCUCUGUGAAGAAACCCCAUUUUUCUCCCAAGGGGUAUUAUAUAUGUACGAAGCUGUCUUUCUCCUUCUCCACUCCUAACAACUGCAGAGAAUACGACAUGGAAGGAGGUCAGUCCUUGUCGUGCGCAUUGUCCUCCUCUUCAUUCUCCUGUCUUGUCUACUACCAAUUAAACCCAACUUCUACUUCUUCUUUCAAACAACACCACUCAAAAAUAAUAUAAAUAUAUCAAAUUCAAAUCCCAGGCCAGUUAUAUCAUAAUAUGUCUCUUGUUUGGAUUUGGGUAUAUAUAUCAUAAAUAUUUAUAUACGUACACAUGAUCAAUUUGGUAACGGUUAACUGUCGCUAGCUAAAACAUGUCGUUGGGUGACAAUUUUUCUUCCCGACCAUUAUCAUAUCUCUUGCACAAGAAAACUUUAAAAGCUUAUUAAAUUAAACAACAUGAUUAAAUACAUGACUAUGUAUACUGAUUAAAUUAAGAAACAUAUUCUAUCUCAAUUUGAAAAUCAAACAAUAUAAUAAUAACGAUUAAGAUCAAGAUCAAGAUAUAAUAGUACUAGCUAUCUCUUUACAUAAUAGAUUCAUAAAUUCACAUUCUCAAAUAUAUAAAACUCAUCAAAAACAAAAACCUUUUAGUAUAUACUAAAAUGGCUUCCGUUUCAUCAACCCUUCUAAUAUUCUUAAUCAUCUUCUCUUCUUUUAUCCUUAAUAAUUCCAUGGCUGCAAAACAAAGCAACAACCAUCACCACCACCAUCACAACCGCCAUUCUUCUUCUUCUUCUUCUUCAUCCUCAGACGACUCAAACAACAACAACAACCCAAGACUCCACCAAGCUUUCAUAGCUCUCCAAGCAUGGAAAAAGGUAAUCUACUCAGACCCAAGUAACUUCACCACCAACUGGAAAGGUCCAUUAGUGUGCAACUACACAGGAAUCUACUGUGCACCCUCCUUAGACAAUCCACAUCUCCGAGUAGUGGCCGGAAUCGAUCUUAACCAGGGUGACAUCGCCGGAUUCAUCCCCGAAGAGUUCGGACUCCUAACUGACUUAGCUCUCAUCCACCUAAACUCAAACCGCUUCUGCGGAAUCAUUCCACAAACAUUUUCAAACCUCACACUCCUCUUCGAACUCGACCUAAGCAACAACCGUUUCGUGGGCCCAUUCCCAACGGUUCUCCUAACUCUUCCAACUCUCAACUUUCUAGAUAUUCGCUUCAACGAAUUCGAGGGUCCACUUCCUUCCCAACUCUUCUUGAAAAAAUUAGACGCCGUUUUCGUCAACAACAACAGAUUCACCAGCUUGAAUUUCCCACAAUCGAUGAUAAACGGUUCAGGAACGGCUUCUGUUUUGGUUUUCGCCAACAACAAUUACGGUUCGGGAAAAACAUUUACUAUUCCUCCGAGCAUAGUGAGUUUCGCCAAUUCUUUAGAAGAAUUUCUCCUCUCCAACACCAACUUGUCUGGUUGUUUGCCUCAGGAAGUGGGAUUUUUAUACAAGCUUAAGCUGUUUGACGUCAGCAAUAAUCAGAUCGUGGGUCCCAUACCUUACAGCAUGGCUGGUCUUUUUAAUUUGGAGCAGUUGAAUUUGGCUCAUAACAAGAUGGAAGGUCUUGUUCCUCCUGGGAUUUGUAUGUUGCCUAAAUUGCAAAACUUUACUCUUUCUUAUAACUUUUUCUGCGAAGAAGAUGAGAUUUGCCGGAACCUGAGUAGUAAUGAUAAAAAUAAAGGGAAAAGAGUUGUUUUUGAUGAUCGUAGAAACUGUAUCCCCGAGAGGCGUUUCCAGAGGAGUGAGAAGGAGUGUAGUGCUGUCAUUGAACAUCCUUACGAGUGUCAUGAUUAUGAUCAAGUUGAACAUUAUAGUUUUGGUGGUACCGGAGUAGGACCUGCUUUUGCUCCAGUUCCGGCGCCGGUGCCGUCUUUGUCUCCGAGUCCGACGCCUACGUGAUAUAUAUGCAUGCAUGUAUAUUAAUGUAAGCGCAGGAGAGAGUACGAAAUGUGUUUUUUCUAUACUAAAUAUUAUAAUUAAGAAACUAGUAAAUUAAUUAAUACAUAAGGUGGAUCGAGUCUCAAGAAAUUUGGUUUGUUAUUGUUUUCUUAAAUAAACGAUGAUUGUUUGUUGUUUUUGUUAGUGUUACUGAUUGUAUAAAUUAAUUUUCACGUGUUCCUUCCUAUAUAUACGAAUGAAUAUAUAUAUUGUUUGUGUGCGUUUAUAUAGCUUCUUAUAUAUAUUUUUUUUGAAAUGAUAUAGCUUCUUAUAUAUUGGUUGUGCCCUGUUUUAAAAUUUAGCGUGCAUUGCUAUUAGGUACCAGAGGUGUCUAGCAUCUUCUCGAC